AGUCCGAGGGAGUUGACAGGGCCUCCCGUUUGUUUUCCCUUGCUGUAAUUUGCGGUCAGCCACUUUCUUUGAAGGUAGACACAGAAAGCUGGAGUGACUCAGCGGGACAGGCAGUAUCUCCGGAGAGAAGGGAUGGGUGACGUUUCGGGCCGGGACUCGGACUCGGACUGACUGUCCCGCAGCUCUGGGCCUCGUUCUCGCUCGGUCGCUGGAGAUGAGGGAGGCCGGGACAGGCGGCAGUGGUUCUGGCCGGGGGGGUAGCAGGACGUGGCCAUUUUGUAUUCUCCUCCCCUGCGUCCUCCCUCUGGUCAGUGGCCACCCCCAGUGCCUGGACUUCAAACCUCCCUUCCGGCCUCCCCAUGGCCUGGCCUUCUGCACCCGCUACGCCAGCCUGGGCUGCUGCGAGUCGGCCAAAGAUGCUGAGAUCAGGAGUCGCUUCUACAGGGUGAUGGACAACGUUGACUACUCCCUGUACCACACCUGCGCGGUCUUUGUGCAGGACAUCUUGUGUGGGGAGUGCUCGCCCUACGCGGCCCACCUGUACGAUGCAGAAGACCCUUCGACGCCCAUCAGGCAGCUGCCGGGACUGUGCAGGGAAUACUGCAGCGAGCUGUGGACCAAGUGCCGGCCCGUUCUGCCCCCCUUGGUGGAAGGUGGCCCUCUGCUGGACCUGGUGCCCAACAGGAGGAAGUUCUGCCAGGCCGUGAGGCUCCAGGACCUGGACUACUGCUUCCCGCACCUGCUGACGAACAGCAACCUGACCCGCAACCUGGGGGCGGUCAGCGAGGACACCGACGGCUGCCUCCAGCUGUGUCUGGAGGAGGUGGCCAACGGUCUGCGCAACCCGGUGGCCAUGGUCCACGCCGGAGACGGCACUCACCGCUUCUUCGUCGCCGAGCAGCUGGGCUUGGUGUGGGUCUACCUCCACACCAGGGCCCGGCUGGACAAACCCUUCCUCAACAUCUCGCAGGCCGUCCUCACCUCACCCUGGGAGGGGGACGAGCGAGGAUUCCUGGGGCUGGCCUUCCACCCCGGCUACAGGCACACGGGCAAGGUCUAUGUCUACUACUCCGUGGAGCUGCGCCUCGAGGAGAAGAUCCGAAUCAGCGAGUUCACCGUCUCCUCCGACGACAUGAACGUGUUGGACCAUCGCUCCGAGAGGAUUAUACUGGAAGUGGAUGAACCAGCAUCGAACCACAAUGGCGGGCAGCUCCUGUUUGGGGACGACGGCUUCCUCUACAUCUUCACCGGAGACGGCGGGAUGGCCGGCGAUCCUUUCGGCAAAUACGGGAACUCACAAAAUAAGUCGGCCCUGCUGGGGAAGGUUCUCCGUGUUGACGUCAACCACAACCACCGCGGGCCGCUUUACCGCAUCCCGGUGGACAACCCCUUUGCCCGGGACCCCGGCGCCCGCCCGGAGGUCUACGCCUACGGGGUGCGGAACAUGUGGCGGUGUUCCGUGGACCGGGGGGACCCUCUGACCAAAGAAGGCAAGGGGAGAAUCUUCUGCGGCGACGUCGGCCAGAACAAGUACGAGGAGGUGGACAUCAUCGAGAAAGGCCGCAACUACGGCUGGAAGGCCAAGGAAGGCUUUUCUUGCUACGAUAAAAAACUCUGCGCCAACUCUUCCUUAAAUGACGUGCUGCCUAUAUUUGCCUAUCCUCACAGUGUGGGCAAGUCGGUGACGGGGGGCUACAUUUACAGAGGCUGCCAGUCCCCCAAUCUCAAUGGACUCUACAUAUUCGGAGACUUCAUGAGUGGGCGCCUCAUGGCAUUGGCGGAAGAUUCCAGAAGCGGCACCUGGCACGAUCACAAGAUCUGCAUGGGCAGGGGCCAGACCUGCCUGUUCCCCGGUCUCUGCAACCAGUAUCAUCGUUACAUCAUUUCCUUCGGCGAGGAUGAAGCAGGAGAAUUAUACUUCCUAUCCACCCGGAUACCAACAUCCACAUCCCCAACUGGAGUAGUUUACAAAAUAGUCGAUCCUUCAAGGAGAGCCCCGCCCAGGAAAUGUCGCUACGCGCCGCUGGCAGUGAAAGUGAAAAGCAAACUCAUCAACUUUGCACCUCGGCCAAGAUUGUCUAAGCGACCGAGGAAGAAGCAGGGACGGCCGAGAGGGAGAGGAAGGCAGGGCUCUGGAGCCGGGAACAGCACCGACUGGUUUGUGGAGCUGCUGAGAUCUCUGGAGAAGUUGCAGGCGGGCCAGGAUGGUGAUGGCGGUCGGGGGUCGGUGGAGGUGGCGGAGAUCCCGGUGGACGGAGCGGUGCGCCUGGCCGGCGUGGACAGCGGGCCGGACCGGGGCACGGUGGAGGUGUACGUGGGAGGGGUGUGGGGCACCGUGUGCGAUGACCUGUGGGACCUGCGCUCGGCCAGGGUGGUGUGCCGGCAGCUGGGAUUCCCGGCUGCCCUGGCCGCCUACCGGCUGGCGGAGCUGGGCGCGGGCGGUGGGCCGGUGCUGCUGGACGACGUGCGGUGCCGGGGAGGCGAGGAUAACCUGCUGCAGUGCCCGCACGCCCCCGUCGCCGAGAUCAACUGCUCCCACAGCGAGGAUGCUGGAGUCUUGUGCGGGAACGCACGGUCUUGAAAACGCCACGGAAAAUGCCUGCCGACAGCGGGAAAUAACAGCGCCAAGGGGCAGCCAGUCCCUGGGACCACAACCUUGCAACAGGAGACAUACACUGGUGCUGGGAAUAAAGUAAUCGAGUCACACAGCGCAGAAACAGGCCCUUGAGACCAACACGGCCAACAUGCCCCAUCUACACAAGUCCUACUUGCUUGUGCUUGGCCCAUAUAAUAAUAAUAAAUAACUUUAUUUAUAUAACACUUUUCAUACAAUUGAAUGCAAGCCAAAGUGCUUUCCACAAGAACGCAGGUCCAAACAAAAAUACAAUUUAAAACAGUAAGGACAUAGGCAGUUAAUAGCACAGAUUUAUAUAAUAAAUAUCCAUAUAUAACUAUAAAACU